AUGCCGCUCUCCUCGCAAGAUGUUCCCCCUCCGACAUCUCUCUCCCUUCUCUCCCGCCCUCUUUCCUCUUUCCCCUCCCGUCGUUCCGGCUGCCCCUCCUUCGGCUGUCCCUCCUCCGACUUCACCAUCAUCUCUCCAGCAUACCCUUCCUCGCCCGACCAUACCCCCGGCGCCCCCUCUGCCCAUCCCUCCCAGAUGUUCCCAUGGCUCAACCACCGCCCACUCCUGCGUCUGAGAGCCCUCCCCUGGCCUGGUACCAUGUUACCUAUGGACAUUUCUUCACUCAUGGAUAUCAGGCUUGCCCGAUUGCAGCGCGGACGCUGGCGACCCGUCCCUGGACGUCGCUCUCCCCACUCGUCGAAUCACAAACGCAGGCACCAUCCAGCCCAUGGACACUCUGA